CAUUCUCUAGAGGGACACCAAUUCUUCCAUGUCUACAUCCACGGCCGAAGCGAUCGCCAAUGUACAGGUUGGCUUAGUACAGGGUUAUGUCGGUAUUGCGUGCACAGCAAAUGAAGUAGUAUUCCCCAUCUAUGAUUAUCUGCUUACUUUGGGCAGCGACAUGACUCUCUUGUGGCCGCAGCGUGCACCGUCUGGGAUGACCACGCUCAUGGCCUUGAUACGAUUCACCACGAUUGGCAUGUCAAUUACCCAGUCGGUGUACAUUCUUUGCCGCGGUACUUACGUCAGCUCCGCAGUAUUCAGUCUGCUCCCGAAUAUACUGGACGCAGUGAUUUCGGCAAUUCGUGCAUACGCAGUCAGCAACCGUAGUUUGGUGUGCGCUGCAAUAGUGUUCGCGACUAGCAUAUUCGUAGUUAUCUUCGAUGCGUACGCCACAGCGAAAAAUCGAUAUCAGUCAGUCGACAUCGAUGGUACCUGGAGCUGCUAUAUCAUUAUCCACUUCGCAGGCAGCACGGCUGAAAAUUUGAUUUUCAAUAUACUCUCGCAAGCUAUUGUCGUCGGUCUCACUUGGUCAAGGAUGCUAUUUCUUGUACGACGGCCUGGAAAGGGACAGGCUCGAGUCAACCCAAGGUCGUUCAGUAUCUCAUGGUUUCUUCUUCGAGACGGCACUGUCUAUUUCAUGCACGUCCUACUCUGCCCAUCUACACAUGCUAUAUCCUUAUCUACUUC